AUGGCCCAGAUACUGUACUGUACAGUGGCCAAGAUCGUGAUGGCUAUUAUAGCUAGUGUUGGGUUAGUCGGUUCCUCACACUGGGUAUAUAUCGAAUAUACCGAGCUAGCCGCGCAGAUCUCUCAGAUCUCUCAGAUGCAUCCACCAGCGGUGAAGGGCGGCGCAUGGCGUGCUGGGUUGGCGGUGAUCUAUUUGAUAGUUACCCGCGGUCGGGGCGCUGGCUUGCAGGGAUCGACCGGUCACAUGGGGGGAUUUACUUGA